AUGUCCUCGAUCACCAUUGCCACCCUCCCUCGCAUGACCCGCGAUACUCUCUCGGAGCUGCUGCUUUCUAGCACGUCUAGCAAGUUGGCAGUCAUUGAUGUGCGGGACAAUGACCACGUCGGCGGCCACAUACGCUCUUCUACCUGGGUCCCCACCUCAACUCUCGACUUCCGCAUGCCUGAGCUCGUGCGCACGCUCCAAGAUAAGGAGAAGGUGGUUUUUCACUGUGCACUCAGCCAGCAGCGUGGGCCCUCUGCAGCUCUGCGCUAUGCCCGUGAGUGCGAACGCGUCUAUGGCCCGGGCGAGAGCCUCAAGCAGAAGGUGUAUGUUUUGGACGGUGGGUUUGUGAAAUGGCAGGAGAAAUAUGGGAAGGAUAAUCGCCUGACUGAGGCUUAUGCUGAGGAUAUCUGGCGUGAGGAUUAA